CCAUCUAGUCCUCAUGCGCUGAAAUAUAGCCGCUCCCGCACCCGAUACGUGCUCCCGAUUCUCCCGAAGUUAGAGCGGCGACUUUCAUUGAAAUCCCCUGGACUGCUAUAAAUACAGCCCCAAAAUUCAACGGUUUCUCAUGCUCUGUGGUUUAACCGACAGUCGACGGAAUUACAGUAGCCCAUCGCAAGAUCUGAAGCCAAGUUGUCAGAUCGGAUGGCGGAUGGGAGCGUUCCGUCGCGUUAUGUGAAGCUUACCAAAGAUCAAGCGCCUUUGGAAGACAUUAAGCCCGGUGAACUUAAUCAGCCCAUCGAUGUUCCUCAGUUGCAUGUUCACAAGUGCAAUGAAUGCGGGCAAGCGUUACCCGAAAGCUUUGAGCCUCCCGGAGAUGAGCCUUGGACAACUGGGAUUUUCGGUUGCACCGAAGAUACUGAGAGUUGCUGGACAGGUCUUUUCUGCCCGUGUGUUUUGUUUGGACGUAAUGUUGAAAGAUUGAGAGAAGAUACCCCUUGGACUACACCAUGCAUUUGUCAUGCUAUUUUUAUUGAAGGAGGUAUUGCACUAGCAGCAGCAACGGCAGUAUUUCAUGGCAUUGACCCGAAGACUUCAUUUCUUAUUUACGAGGGUUUGCUUUUUAGCUGGUGGAUGUGUGGCAUAUACACUGGUCUCUUUCGGCAGUCUUUGCAGAAGAAGUAUCAUCUCAAGAACUCACCAUGUGACCCGUGCGCGGUGCACUGCUGUAUGCACUGGUGUGCCUUGUGCCAAGAGCACAGGGAGAUGAAGGGACGCCUGUCGGAUGAUCUUGUUACGCCCAUGACCAUUGUCAACCCUCCACCUGUUCAAGAAAUGAAUUCUGCGGACGAAAGCCAUGAUACUACUGCACCGUCCUCUGCAAAAAGCGUUGAUCACACCAAUUUGGAGAUGCAACCCUUGUAGAUCCACCAUCCCUCUUAUAAAAUGCUCACUAGACAAAACCUCAAUACUUUUAGAAGGGUGUGCGAUUGUUUGUGCUGUACUCAUAUGAGAAGCUUUUAUCAGUCGAAUGUGUAGUCGUUAUCUGAACUAGGCCAUUGAGCCCCUCUUCUGGGAGUUUUUCUUUCACUUCAGUACUGAAUACACCUUUCUUGAGGUAGUCUUUUGAGACUCUGCAUACGGGCACUUGCAGUCAAACCAGUUAAUCUUAUACCGGCACCCCCUCUA